GCAGCGCACUUUUCAAGAGUUGGUCCCUGGCGUUUUCCGCCUUCCAUCUUCGAGAUUUAUUACCCGUUUACGUGGUUUUAAUUAUCUCCCUACCCUCCCCCCUACCCCCUACCACCCCCCUUUUGUUUUUCCUUCGACAGUUGAUCUACGAGUUAGAAAACUAUAGCGUUCAUUGAAAUUUCUCUCGCGUAAAUCAUCCGCUUCGUGAAAAGUGAAAAGCCGUGCUGCCAAUCAUAAAAACAACAACAGCCAUGAAAUACUGUGCGUUGGGCGUGCUGUUUCUUAUCGCUGCUCUGCGAGUAGAGGCACGCAUCUACGAGACAUCGGAUGCCGUCGUCACCGAAGUUGAAGAUAUCAAGGAGAGCGUGAAAGGACGAUCGAUGGAUAAGAGUGACGUGGUCAAGUCCCAACCAACAGACGAACCAGUUUUGGGCAGAUCGAGCAAGUUUGUUCCAAUGUUACCCAGUGGAACGUUCUUGCUGUCGGACCGCACUUGCUGGACACCAGACGGCAAAUUUGGCACCUGCAGUUCCGUCCGUUCGUGCAACCCAAGCGUCAAACUUCCAUUGCAAAAUGAUGUGGAUUCCGGAAUGCCCAGCGCUCGUGGCACGUGCCACUAUUCCGAACCAGACGGCCGACAGGUGUACGGAGUUUGCUGCGCCGUCAAACAAGCCCCCCCGUUUGGAAUUUACGGUCCUCCGUUCAGCGGUUCUUUCGGUUUCCCAGCAAAUCCUUGGUGGCCGCCUUACUUCCCGUUUGGUGCGCCAUCGUUUCCGACUGUUGGAACCGGUCCUUUUAUUGCACCUACUACGACAACUACACGACCCAGUACUACUAGCCCGUGGUGGGUACCCGAUCCAACGACUACGACCUCACGACCAGGUACUACAAGUCCGUGGUGGGUCCCUGACCAAUCGACCACAAAGUCCCCAACCAGCGUUACGACCUCAACCAACAGGCCCAGCACUACCAGCCCGUGGUGGGUACCGGAAAGCACGACAUCUACAACAUCGACACCUACUACAUCCACAACAUUGAAACCAAGUGUUGAACCGGUCGUGGCUACCGACGAAGGCACACGAAGUUGCGGAAGAGGACCAAAGAAAACGUUGAGUCUUGACGAGCAAAGACGCAUCGUUGGUGGAACGACUGCAUUGAGGAACUCUUGGCCCUUUAUUGUUGCGCUGUUUAGCCGGGGGCGCCAUUUUUGCGGAGGUUCGUUGAUAGACGCGUCCCACAUUUUGACCGCUGCGCAUUGCAUUGCUCACAUGUCGUCCACUGACAUCUCUCGCUUAGAAGUAGCGCUGGGCAUGCAUACCCUUAAACCUUACGAUUCGCAAGCGUUACGUAAGAGAGUCCGUCGAGUCGUCCGACACAAGGGCUUCGAUCCCGUUACACUGUACAACGAUGUUGCCAUUUUGACUUUGGAUUCACCAGUGACGUUCUCCGACGCAAUUUCUCCGGUUUGCUUGCCACCGGUCGGAACCACCGACCAGUUUGUUAGUAAAGAAUCGACUGUUGUCGGAUGGGGAGCCUUGAGAGAAGGUGGCCGCCAGCCAGAAUCUUUGCAACAAGUGACCGUUCAAAUUCAAUCGAAUGCUGAAUGCAAAAGAAACUAUGGAAAAGACGCACCAGGUGGAAUCGUUGAUCACAUGAUUUGCGCCGCUUAUCCCGGAAGAGAUUCGUGCAGCGGGGACAGUGGAGGCCCAAUGGUGACGCAAGAGGCUCCAAACUCACCUUGGGUACAAGCUGGUAUUGUAAGCUGGGGAAUUGGUUGCGGAAAACCUCCUUAUCCAGGAGUUUACAGUCGCGUCACAUCGUUCUUGGAUUGGAUUAAUAAAAACACGCAGUAAUUCUAGCCAUGUACGUGGGAAAGAAAAAUCACCAUCGGAAUAAUAUACGUCCUGCCAUGACGUAAUUAAGCUGCUUACAUCAAAACGGUCAAAGGGGUAGGGGGACAAUGACCCAAUUUUAAAUUUCCAUUUAGGAGUGUUGUUUUAAAAUCUAAAAAAAAAACUUCUCUAUCUAAGAUCAUCUUUUUACCUUUUCUUCUAACGAAAUGGAAUGUGACGGUGUUUGUUUUGUUUGUUUUCGGUUGGAAUUUUGUUUUUCAUGGAACAUUUUCGAGAUUAAAAGACAAGGUUUAAAACUGA